CACUCCAAGGAAAACAAUACAAUAUGAUCAUUUCUUUUUUUCUUCUCGAAACAUGAUCAUUAAACAUCAUUUUUUAAAUAGAAAGAACAUUAAUUCCUGUUUCAUGAUCAAAAAAAGCACACAAUUGUUUCAUUAAUCUCUCUGAGUGUUAUUUAUGCAAGAGGUGAUUGAGUGAUGGCUGCAGCCGAAGCAAGGGCGGUUUGGCAACGAACUGCAAAUAGAUAUAUCAUUCAGGAAGAUGCAAAAAGAGCUCCUAAGUUGGCAUGUUGUCCAUCAAGUUCAUCUUUGAUAUCUAAAGUAGACACAAAACAAGAUAUCACUACAUAUGUGUAUGAUGGUUUCCUCCUUCAGGAUGACAAAUCUUUUUAUUCGAAUCUCUCUGGUGAAUCCAUAUGGUGGCUUCAAUCGCAGCCAGAUUAUAUACAUCAAAGGGGUUUGAGCUUGACUGGUGAACAAGUUAGUGCGUUAGAGGGUCCAGAAUCUCAUCAAUUUGUCGAAAAUCAAGAUGUUUGUAGUAUAAAUUCGGGUUCAAAAGAGUCUUAUGAGUUUGUAGACAUGGGUUCUGUUGAAAUUCCUUGGUUGCAAAAGGCUGAAAAAGAUCAUUUUGAUCCACUUUUUCCGAUUAAGUCUCAUGAUUUUAUCAAAAACUGUGAUCUUUCUAAGCCUAUGCAGAAGGGUUUGAUUUCAAAGCAACAAAAAAUCAAAUGUUGUCAAAAUGGCAUUUCACAAGUUCAAGUGCAGCGUGUUGAAAGCAAGCCCGUCAGUGAAAUUGACUCGAGCAAGUCAAUGAUAUUAAAAGCCCUAUGUCAUUCUCAAACACGUGCACGAGAAGCAGAAAAUGCAGCCAAACAAGCAUAUGCAGAGAAAGAGCAUGUAAUCAAGCUCCUAUUUAGGCAAGCAUCACAAUUGUUUGCAUACAGGCAAUGGGUCUAUCUUCUACAGCUUGAAAACCUUUGUUACCAAAUGAAGAGUAAAACUAGCAAUCCAAUGCCUUCCAAAAGUGGAAAACUACACAAGAAUUUGAAGAAGGCGGCACCUUCAAAGAGAAAAAGAUCACUAACUAGACGUGGGUUUGGGCUAUAUGAACAUGAUAUAAGAAAAUAUGCUGUUGUUUUUGUUAUGGGUUUGGGGAUAGUUAGUGCUGGUUUGCUUCUUGGGUGGACAGUUGGAUGGAUGUUGAUUUAGUGCUCAAAGAUAGUGUACAAAGUUAGGUUCUUUAAUAGGCAUACAUGUAUAGUUGUUUCAUCUUUCGGGUCAAUUUCAAGAUUGGGUCAGUUGAUUAUCAAUGCUUUGGUUAGGUUCAUUCAUGUCCAUAUUUUUCAUUCUUUAGUAAGGAUUGUGUUUUUAUCUGAACUUGGGGGAAAUGAAUUUGUGAAGUCUUCUAUUGUGUUUA